AUGGCCGAUGUGACUAUACUGGAAGGAACCACACAUUCCAUGGAGGCGAUGAUCACAGAUGAUGGCCUACUUAUCACCGAAAGUGUAAAGACGCCUGGCCCAAGCGUUGAAGACAUUAGUCGAUCACUGCAACGAUUCAACUGGCCCGACUAUGUAGUGUUUGUGCUGAUGCUGAUCAGCUGUAUGGUGAUCGGUGUUUUCUUCGGCUACAAGGAUCAUCAGAAGCACAAGCGCCAAAAGCAUGCAAGGCGUGGAUCGGAAGCGCUGGAUUAUCUGGUCGGUGGGCGGAAGAUGAAAAUAAUUCCCGUAUCCGUGUCGUUGGUGGCGAGCUGGAUCUCGGGCAUCUCACUGCUCGGUACAUCGACGGAAAUCUACGUGUAUGGUGUGCAGUAUUGCUACAUAGUGUGUGCCGUGGUGCUGAUGGGUCUUGCGAUGAACUACAUCUUUUUGCCAGUUUUUCAUGAUCUGCAAAUAACAUCCGCGUAUGAGUAUCUACAGAUGAGAUUCGACAAACGAAUGCGGUUAGUUGGUUCCAUAUUGUUUACCCUGGCCAGUAUCCUGUGGUUGCCUAUAGUGAUUUAUGUUCCCGCACUUGCUUUUAAUCAAGUAUCUGGUGUUAACAUUCACGUGAUUACUCCGAUUGUUUGUUUGGUGUGCAUCUUCUACACAAGCCUGGGUGGACUAAAGGCGGUCGUUUGGACAGAUGUUAUACAGACGGGCAUCAUGGUAGGAGCAAUGAUUAUAGUGAUCAUUAAAGGUACGGCGGACGUAGGUGGACUCAGUGUAGUGAUCGACAGAAAUUCGGCUGGUGGAAGAUUUGAACCUCCUGACUUCAACUUGGACCCAACGGCACGCAACACAUUUUGGACCUUGCUGAUCGGUGGUACCUUCUUCUGGACAUCGACAAACGCCAUCAACCAGAACAUGAUGCAGCGAUAUCUGUCGCUACCCUCGUUGGGAUCCGCUCGGAAGGCACUGGUACUGUUUCUUGUUGGAACAACCACCCUGCUGGCCAUGUGCUGCUACAACGGGUUGCUCAUUUUUGCCAUGUAUCACGACUGUGAUCCCCUGUCGACGGGAUUGGCAAAGGCGAAGGAUCAGCUAGUGCCGCUGCUCGUGAUGGAAGUUCUUGGAGAAUAUCCAGGAUUGGCAGGGCUGUUUGUGGCGGGCAUUUUUAGUGCCGCACUUAGCUCACUUUCCACGGCACUUAACUCUCUGUCCGCCAUUGUGCUGGAGGAUUUCUGCAAACCAUUCGUUUCGAAACCGCUCACUGAAACGCAAACACGCUACAUUAUGCGUUUCACGGUCCUGGCUUUCGGUGCGUUAGCCGUUAUGAUGGUGAUCGUUGUAGAGAAGAUGGGCGCGGUAUUACAGCUGUCGAUGAGCUUGGGACCGGUUACGCUCGGACCACUGUUUGGCCUGUUUGUGAUGGGAUUCUUCUUUCCCCGUAUCAAUGGAAGUUGUGCCAUCGUGGGAACAACGGCAGGGUUGUCCUUAAUGUCAUACAUUGUCAUAAGGUCUCAAAUCUCGAUUGCCCUCAAAGAAAUCGUCUUCGCUGAAAAACCAGUCACCGUGUCAGGUUGUCAGUACGAGUUUACACCGAAAAAUGGUUCACUGUUCGUGGAGGAUUCUACACAAGGCGAAAAGUCGCUGCACCACGUGUCUUUUCUGUAUUACACGAUGAUCGGUUCAGUGGUGCCCACGAUAGUUGGCUAUCUGUCCUCGUUCAUUCUGCCGCGUUCCAAAACCGACGACAUCGAUCCCUUACUAUUGGCACCGUUCCUGCGCCGUUUCUAUCCCACCCGCGACAGUAAGGCUAAUCACAUGACAGAGGUAUUGCAUGAGUUCGAAACCAAAGACAUUCAACUGUAAGUACCAGCGUGGCGAAGAUCGUUCUACAAACUAAGCGCCCAUAAUCACUGUACAGUAGUUGUUCGGAUUAGAGUAUUACCAGGGGAGAUUCAUUUUAGCUAGUACAAUUGUUUGUUGAUACGAGUGUAUUGUAAAAUU